GUUUUUUGCAUUCUAUCUUUAAAGCAUUUAGCUUAUUUUACGUAUGUUUAUUAAAUUGUGAAAAUUAUUAAUUUCUUUAAUUUUUUUAAUUGUAAAUGUAAUAAAAAAGAUUAUUUAUAAUUUGACUAAGUUUAAUAAUGGGUCCUCCAAAACGUUUCAAAAAAGACAAUGACAGAGGUAAAUGGAAAAAACGUAAGGAAGAUCCAGAAGAAUACAAUGAAGAUGAUACCUUAGAUGAUAAUGAAACUGAAGGUAUACCUGAUGCAGCUAAAAAUGAUGUUGAAAAACAAGAUGAUACAGCAUUGGAAGAUGAAUUUGGUGCAAAAGAUUAUCGUUCACAAAUGAUUUUAAAACCUGAUUGUGCUUUAAGACCACUUUGGGUGGCACCAAAUGGACAUAUUUUUUUGGAAUCUUUUUCACCUGUAUAUAAACAUGCUCAUGACUUUUUAAUUGCUAUCUCAGAACCUGUGUGUCGUCCAGAACAUAUUCAUGAAUAUAAAUUAACUGCUUAUUCUUUAUAUGCUGCUGUAAGUGUUGGUCUUCAAACACAUGAUAUAAUAGAAUAUUUAAAAAGACUUAGUAAAACCAGCAUUCCUGAUGGGAUUAUAGAAUUUAUUAAAUUAUGUACAUUGUCAUAUGGUAAAGUAAAAUUAGUAUUAAAACACAAUAAAUAUUUUGUUGAAUCUCCAUAUCCAGAAGUAUUACAAAGAUUAUUGAAAGAUCCUGUAAUUCAAGAAUGUAGAUUAAAGAAAAAUGUAGAAGAUGAUAAAGAUGAAAUAAUUACAAAUGUUCAAAAUAAAACAAAAACACCACAGUUUGGAGCAAAAGCCAUAACUAAUGUUCCUACUGGAACUACCAAAGUAACAGAACCAACUAAUGAUCAGGUUCCAGCAGAAACAGCUACUGUUCCUGAAGAUAUAACUACUUUUUAUGAUAAAAUAGAUAAAGAGGAUGAAGAUGAAGAAGAAGAGCAUGAAUUAAAAACAGUUAGCUUUGAAGUAAAUCAGGAAAAAAUUGAAGUUAUACAAAAAAGAUGUAUUGAAUUGGAAUAUCCUUUAUUAGCAGAAUAUGAUUUUCGUAAUGAUACUAUAAAUCCAGAUAUAAACAUUGACUUGAAACCAUCAGCUGUACUGAGACCCUAUCAGGAGAAGAGUUUAAGAAAAAUGUUUGGAAAUGGACGAGCUAGAUCGGGAGUCAUAGUUUUACCUUGUGGUGCUGGCAAAAGUUUAGUUGGAGUAACAGCUUGUUGUACAGUUCGAAAACGUGCAUUGGUAUUAUGUAAUUCUGGAGUGUCGGUAGAACAAUGGAAGCAGCAAUUUAAAAUGUGGUCUACUGCGGAUGAUUCAAUGAUUUGUCGAUUUACGAGCGAAGCGAAAGAUAAGCCUAUGGGUUGUGGAAUUUUAAUUACAACAUAUUCUAUGAUUACUCAUACUCAGAAACGUUCAUGGGAAGCAGAACAAACUAUGCGAUGGCUUCAAGAACAAGAAUGGGGAAUUAUGGUUUUAGAUGAGGUACAUACAAUUCCUGCAAAAAUGUUUAGAAGAGUCUUAACAAUUGUUCAAUCUCAUUGUAAAUUGGGAUUGACCGCGACAUUACUUCGAGAAGAUGACAAAAUUGCUGAUCUCAAUUUUCUGAUUGGGCCUAAACUGUACGAGGCCAACUGGUUAGAAUUACAAAAAAGGGGUUUUAUUGCAAGAGUACAAUGUGCCGAAGUUUGGUGUCCUAUGACACCUGAAUUUUAUAGAGAAUAUCUUGGUUGUAAAAUGAGUAAAAAAUUGUUACUUUAUGUAAUGAAUCCUAAUAAAUUUCGUUGCUGCCAAUAUUUGAUACGAUAUCAUGAAAGGCGUGGCGAUAAAACCAUUGUUUUCUCGGAUAACGUUUUUGCUUUGAAGCAUUAUGCUAUUAAAAUGAAUAAACCGUAUAUCUAUGGGCCCACUAGUCAAAGUGAACGAAUACAAAUUUUGCAAAACUUUAAAUUCAAUACUAAAGUGAAUACUAUAUUUGUCAGUAAAGUAGCUGAUACUUCUUUUGAUUUACCAGAAGCUAAUGUAUUGAUUCAAAUAUCUUCACACGGUGGUUCACGGCGUCAAGAAGCACAACGUUUAGGACGAAUUUUAAGAGCUAAAAAAGGUGCCAUUGCGGAGGAAUAUAAUGCAUUUUUUUAUACGUUAGUAUCGCAAGAUACGAUGGAAAUGAAUUACUCGCGAAAACGCCAACGUUUCCUUGUCAAUCAAGGAUAUGCUUAUAAAGUCAUUACAAAACUUGCAGGAAUGGAAGAGGAGCCAGAUUUGAUGUAUACAUCUCGAGAAGAACAAGGACAUUUGUUACAACAAGUCCUAUCUGCCAGUGAUAUGGAUGCAGACGAAGAAAGAAUACCAGGAGAAGGUCCAAGACCUAUUGUACGUAAAGCUGGAAACAUGACAUCAAUGUCUGGUGCAGAUGAUGCAGUUUAUUAUGAAUAUAAAAAAGCUCCUAGUUCAUCUACAGCAAACAAACAUCCAUUAUUUAAAAAAUUUAGAGCAUAGUAAAUUUUAAUUAUGUAUAUAUAAAAUUAUUUCAAAUUUAUCAUUGUUUACUAAUUAAUUCGAUAUUUAUAUGUGUAUAAAAAUCUUCUUCAAAGUAAAUAUCAUUUUUUUACUAUGUAAAAAAAUUUCAAUUUAAAUAUGAACUCUGCAUUUUGUUUCUUAAUUAUGUUUUUUAAAGAGCAAGAAUUAAUAAUUUGCAUUGCUCGUAACAUAGUUCAUAGGUCUCUAUUCUUUGUAUAUCUAAUACGCCUGUUUGCACGAUUUAUGUGUUAGCAAUACAAUUUACGCCAAUGUAAAUUAUCCGAUGGAUAGUUGACACAAAGAAUGCGAUAAAAAUAUUCCUGAUAAAUUUGUUGGUCUGGAGCGAUAAUCAUAAAGUACCUGUAGUAUACGUUUAUUAACGUUAUAUUUACUCGAUUUCACUUAAAUAAACCGAAAAUAUAAA